UUAUAAAUGAGGGGAUGAGCCCCAGAAAACAGCAAGGCAGAAAGCCUUUCAGCUUGAUUUCUUCUUCUCCAGGGUCUUGAGACCAGCAUCAUGAAAGUCUUUGCUGCAUUCUUCUCCAUCCUUCUUGUCAUUGGCACCCUCUAUUCUCCAGCAGUCUCCUCCCCAUAUGCCUCAGACACCACACCUUGUUGUUUCUCCUUCACCACUGUACCAAUUCCCAUGAACCAUAUCAAAGAAUACUUCUACACCAGCAGCAGAUGCGGCAACCAGGGUGUGGUCUUCAUCACCCGGAAAAACCGGCAGCUCUGUGCCAACCCUGAGAAGAAAUGGGUACGCAGUUACAUCAACUCCUUGGAGAUGAGCUAGAGAGGAAAGUCCCCUUGGCCUGGACAUCCAGCUUCCCCAGUCCUCAGCACACCCUCCACAAAGCUUCCAAGCUGAUAAUCCUGAAGCCCAUACCUGACUAUGUAACAGCCCAGCUCAAAAAACUUUGAAUGGCUUUCUAUUGCUUCUGGCACCAAGAUGCAACUUCCUCUGGGAUAUUUAAAGCCCUUCACCACCUGGCAUCAACCUAUUUCUCCAGGACAAUUCCAUGUCUCACUCUCUCUCAGGUCCUCUAUACCCCAGCCAUGCCGGCCUGUACACAAUCCUUUUCCCACCUGGGUACCUCUUCCCAGGUUGUCCUGGGCUCUUGGAAUGCUCUCCAUGCUCACUCCCAGCUCUUGGAAUUCUGAGCUUCCUUCAAGGCUUUUCUCAAGCACCACCUCCUACGUGAAGCCUUUCAUGAUUCCUCUUGACCCACAUUAGUGCUUCCUCCCGCCUUCCAAACUACUUUGUAUUUUUUUUGUAUUUGUCUUGUAUUUACUUACCUGUGAAUCUAUAGCCUCUCUCCCCCAGGUCCUAUGUCAAUUCCUUGAUGGGCAGAGAUUGUUUUUGUAUUUGAAUCCCCAGUACCUAGUACAGGACCAAGUAUGUAGUAGAAGCUUAAUAAAUAC